AUGCGCAAGCCGUGGUGGAUGCGGCAGCAGCAGCAGCUGCUGCUGCUGCGAAACUGCAGCAGCAGCAGCAGCUGCUGCGGUGCUGCAGCAGCCGCAGUAGGGGAGCGGGAGCAGCAACAGCUGCUGCAGCUGCAGCAGCUGUUGCUGCAGCAGCAACAGCAGCAGCAGCAGCAGCGGCAGCUGCAGCAGCUGCAGCAGUGGCAGCUGCUGCAGCGGCGAGAGCAACAGCGGCUGCCGCAGCAAUGGCAACGGCAGCAGCAGCAGCAGCAGCAGCAGCAGCAGCAGCAGCAGCAAGUAGCAGCAGAUGCAGACCUCGCCUUUGCAAAGGCGCUUAUCUUUGGCUAUCAGCCCCUGGAAUAUCCUUUGUGGUUUAGGGUUUAG